AUGGUACACCCGACGAGAUUGCUGCUGCUUACGUUGGUGCUAUCGCUGUUGGCCACUCAAUGGUCACCCGUUGCCGCGUUUGACGAUUUUCUGGAUGAUAUUUUCUCGAUUUUCUUCGAUUCGGAAAGCGAAAGUGAGUCGGCAGAACCGAUUCAGGUUAAUGGGAAGCACGGCAUCAUUAAUGUUACGUGCGACAACUGCACGCUGACGAUUAACUGUCCGAAUUGCAACAGCAUGUCGACGGUGGGUGGAAUGACAACCGCUUCCCCUUCGACUACAACCGCCACUCCAGUUUCGAUGGCAACUACAACUGCUACUGCAGCUCCAGCACUAGCUGCAAAGCCAGAAGGUGAUACCAAUGACUCUAAUAAACCUUCAGGAAAUCCGAACGAGGGUGGAAGCGCUAGUGACUCUGUUUCAUCCCCAAAUCCACCUACCACUCCACCUACAACUCCACCUACAACUCCACCCAAGGAGGAAGAGGUUGGCGAAGGAACCCCUAUCUGA